AUGUUCUUCAAUUAUCCUAUCAGUUUGACCUUGGGAGUCGCCUACGUAUCGGCUGUUGUGGGGGCCAAAGCCUUCAUCGCCGCCGAUCGAGCAAUCCAGCAACUCAACCCUCGAGCAGAAUACCAAGGCGGUUGGCCUUUAGCACUUUCCGCUCUGAACACCACGUGCCCUGCGGAGGCUCCUGUGCAGUGCAACAAUGGCGAGGUCAACCCCUCAUGCUGCCCCGCUGGUCAAUUCUGUGUCUGGCCAUCAGGUCUUUUUGCGUUCGCUUGUUGUCCAACAGCUGAUAGCUGUCUCGUUGCGGUGACGAACUUCCCACGCUGUGCGAACACAUCUUGGAAUAUGUUCGAUCAGGGAGGCAGCUACUUCUGUUGCGAACCUGGACAACUCGGUGUCAACCCGAAGACCGGCCUUCCUGACGGACUCUGUGAGCCAGCCGAUCAACCUGUACCUACAUCUCUCCUCGCAUCGAUCGCAACUCAAAUUGGAGGAGCAACUGCGACUUCGGUAGCCAGCAACGCAACUCAAGCCGGUGUUCCAAACCAGACGAAUCCUUCCCUUCCAAACACUUCUACAGACUCUUCUGGAAACGUAAUAAACACCAUCAGUCACUGGAGCUUGGGGAGGAAGAUCGGUGUUGGCGCAGCGGUGGUCAUCGCUUUCGUUAUAUUCCUCGUGGUCGCCUCGCUUAUCCGUCGACGUAGAGCUCGUUUGGCGUACCAGUAUGAAGGCUUCAAUCAGUAUGACGAGUAUGGAAACUUGAUUCAGCAGACCGGAUAUAGGCCUGGAUAUGAGCCUUACAGGAGAACUGACGGCGGCACUGCCAACAACGUCACUGUGAACGUGGUGCAUGGUGAUCAGUCGUCUUAG